GUUUGAAAACCAAUAGAAAUGAGUUUCUUGGUCUCCAAAUAUGAGGACUAUAUAUAUCCUCCAAGUCGAAGCUCCAAGCAUACAACAAACAUGCUUGACCUAACAACCACCGCUUCUGUAAUUUUGUGUACAAUCUUCUUGUUCAUCUUCGUGGACAACAAAUGGAAGAAAUCCAAAAAUGGCAUUCCAUUGAAACUACCACCUGGCCCCAAACCACUUCCUAUAAUUGGAAACCUGCAUCAAAUAAGCUCCCCUCCCUUCCGUUGCUUCACAGACUUAUCCAAACAGUACGGCCCCAUCAUGCACCUCAAGCUCGGCGAGACCUCCGCCGUGGUGGUCUCGUCACCGGAGAUCGCCAAACAGAUGCUGAAAGAUCUCGAACCCAGCUUCGCCCACAAGCCGCAGUGCGUGGCGUUCGAGAUCAUGUGGUACAACUACAGCGACAUCGCCUUCUGCCCCUACGGCGACUACUGGCGGCAGAUGCGGAAGAUCUGCGUCAACGAGCUUCUCAGCCCUAGAAUUGUGCGCUCCUUCCAAUCCAUCAGAAGAGACGAGGCCGCUCGCUUGCUCGAUUCCCUGCGGGAAUCUUCUGGAAGCUCCGUGAACCUAACGGAGAGGAUCUACUCCUUCUCCAGCUCCAUCACCAGCCGCGCCGCGUUUGGCGGCGUCUGCAGGGACAACGAGGCGUUGAUCAAGCUGAUGAUGGAGACGCUGACGAUGGCCGGAGGGUUUGAGAUCGCGGAUCUGUUCCCGUCGUCCAGGAUCGUCGGCGCGCUGAGCUGGACAAAGCGGAGGCUCAAGACGAUGCGGCGGAAGCUCGAUGUGAUUCUCGAUGAUGUUAUUGAUCAGCACAGGGAGAAUCCGGCGAGGAGGUCCGGCAACGGUGAGGAUUUGGUUGAUGUUUUGUUGAGGGUUAAAGAAGAAGAGAAGCUUCAGUUUCUCAUCGCUAAUCACAACAUCAAAGCUGUUUUGUAUGAUAUGUUCAUUGGUGGAACAGAAACCACCGCGACAACUAUUGAUUGGACGAUGGUAGAACUGAUAAGGAACCCUCGAGUGAUGGACAAGGCACAAGAUGAAGUAAGACAAGCUUUGAAAGGAAAAGGUCCCGACAAAAACGACGUCGUCAUUCAUAAUCUGAAAUAUUUAAAAUUGGUGAUCAAAGAGUCUCUGAGGCUACACCCUCCGGGUCCAACAGUGCCUAGAGCUUCCCACGAGGAACACGUGAUUAAUGGAUACACCAUACCUGCUCGAGCGAAGGUGAUGGUCAACAUUUGGGCGAUCCAAAGGGAUCCAAGCUUCUGGAAAGAUCCAGAAGAAUUCGAGCCUGAGAGAUUCGAGAAUCAGACAGUGGAUUUUGCGGGUGGUGAUUUUCAGUACUUGCCAUUUGGUACUGGAAGAAGAAUAUGCCCUGGAAUAACAUUUGCUUUGGCUUCUAUAGAGUUGGCUUUAGCCCAACUACUCUACAACUUCGACUGGAAGCUUCCAGAAGGUGUUAGGGCCAAAGAUUUGGACAUGAUUGAAAAUGUUGGCUUAGCAUCUUCACGAAAAGAAAAUUUGUUUGUUGUCGCCACUCCAUAUAAUGAAUAAUUAGCUGUUGGUUUUGAGAUUUUAUGUUAAUCAUGUCGUCUUUAAUAUUUUGGACGAGCAUAUAAUAGUGGUGUGUGUCGUUGAUUUGUAAACCUAAAUGUGAAUAUUAUAUUGGUGUCAUCUUAUAUAUUUUUUCUAAAUCAAAUUAUAAAGUA